AUGUUGUUUUGUGAUUCAUUUUCUAUUUUGACACCCUCGCCACCGAGCAAGAAUGCGAAGACUCUAGCUCUUUCUUUGUGGCGUGUGACUCAAAAUCCUCUUCGUUCUUCCUUGAAAUCGUUAUCAAAAGAUUCAUUAACAAAUAUCGAAGAUCUUCAAAAUAACACAAUCCUCGCGUUGUUUUCUCUCAUAGAAGAGCAUAAUGAUACCAAAAAAGAAAUAGAUUUCGAUUUUCCAGUUGAAGAAUUCAAAUCUGCUUUUACUCCUGAAGGCUUCUUGCAUCCACUGACAUUAUCAAGUGGAUGUGGAUUCUGUUUCAUUUUAUCAGGUACUAACUCAUCAAUAUUAGCCAGGGUAAGAUGUAUCUCUUUUACGCAAGUUCUCAAUUCACGACCAAUACAACCCGGUACAUUUUUCAAAGUUGAUCGAAUUUUUGAUUUAUUUCCCGUUGCUACACAGUUUGCGCUCAGAUUCCCCAUUGUUGCGCCUCCAUUUUCAAGAACAUCGUUUUUGCCAAAGAAAAGUCUUACGAAAAUUGCAAGCCAGCAAAAAGUUACAGAGCUAAGAUGGGAAAAAAUCGAUAAACAAAGUCGCUGGCGUGAACAUUUAUCUGAAAUUAUUCCAAAUAUCUUUAUAGCAAGCGAAGUUGUAGCCAAAAACGGUCCACUUCUUAAACGCAAUGGAAUUACGCAUAUCCUUAAUACCUGUGAACAAGUCUGCCAAUCCGCUGAAGGAUUCAUCAAAUUAUCUUUCAGAAUGAACGAUGGUGGUGGCGAUUCUAUCUUCAGUUCCAUCUGGAAAGCCACAACAUUCAUCGAUGAUGCACUUGAAAACAACGGAAAAGUACUUGUUCACUGCCAGGAAGGAGUUUCUCGUUCCACUUCAAUUGUCAUUGGAUAUCUCAUUAUCAGACAUGGAUAUGACUAUGCAAAAGCGUUUAAGACUGUCCGCUCUUGCCGCCGUGUGGCAUCUCCUAACCCUCGUUUCAUUGCACAGCUCCUUCAGCUCUCUGAAGUUUGCGGAACAAAUACUUCAUCAAAAACUUGUUUCUUCAGCCGUGAAAAACAGUUGCCAUUCGAAAUCAUCGAAAGAAGAGGCGAAAUAAUACCUGUACCAUUAUCAGAGAAGGCCCAGGAAAAUGAUGAAAAGGUAUUUGUUGUCGUCGAUUUCAACGGAAAUGAUGAUGUCGGAAUUUUCGGAGAUGGAGAUGAAGGAAAAAUCAUAAAAAUGUACGGAAAGAAGGCUUCGGAAGAUAAAAUACAGGUCGCAGAUGAGUUGAUUGAGGACCUGAGAAGGUGUUUGAGAGUGGAACAGGAUGAUGAAGAUGAAGACAUUGAUGAAGAAGAAAAUUUAUCUGAUGAUAUGUAA